AUGAAAACAAUAACAAUAAAGGAACCUAUAAAUUUAAAAGUUGUUAAUUUCGAGCUGGACUUUACGCAGUUGUACUCCCAGAAGCCGAAACCGAAGAAGAAAAUAAAGCAGAUCAAAGUCCCAACGGUCAAUUUUAAAAAGAAACAGGAGAUUCCACCACCACCCAUUAUAAAGGACACUAAGGAGAAACCUGAUGUGAAAGAAUUGAUUGAGGAACUUCUCAAUGAUAUCUACGCGGAACACAGAGAGUGGAGUGGUAGCAGCAACGUCGAGUAUUACAGUCAUGGAUCCACUACAGCAGCAUCCGUUUCAUCAUCACAUUCCUGCUGCGAGGAAAACUCGCAGGCUUUAGAAAGGAGUUUUCUAGAAUCCUUAGGCAUCCCCGAGUUACGAAAGCAGGCACAAGAUUGGGGGAGCAAUCUCCAAAUAGCUAGCGAGCGUUUAGCGCGAUGCUUACGUAGGCGAGACCGUCUUAUGAGACAACAGAGGAAGCUGUGUGCAGCUUUCACCGUACUGCUGCGUCAUUUGACUGGCGACGCAAACGCUCGCUUCGGUCUCACACCCGGCAGCGAAGGCCCCGGCGAGGGCGGCUUCGCGGAAUGGCUGCACGCCAUGCGGCUCGUUGCCCGCCUGCCAGCUGGAGUGCCGCAGCACUUUCGGAAAAAGUUAUGGCUGACACUAGCGGAGAAACACCUGACGGCGCGCGGCAUAGAGUGGGCGGGUGCGGAGCGAGCCUGCUUCCGCGGCACCGCCAUGCCCGAUGAUACCGAGCUCAGUGCACAGAUCCUUAAGGACUUGCACAGAACUGGUUGUUCCCUUUUUUGUGGAGCUGAGGGUAGAGAAAAUCAAGCAAUGCUACGUAGAGUAUUGUUAGCAUAUGCGAGAUGGAAUAAGGAUGUUGGUUACUGUCAAGGCUUUAACAUGUUGGCGGCAAUUAUAUUAGAGGUUAUGGAAAAGUCUGAAUCGGAUUCUCUAAAGGUGAUGAUAUAUCUGGUGGAGGCAGUUCUCCCUGAGGGCUACUUCGCGGACGACCUGCGGGGACUGUCCGCCGACAUGGCCGCCUUCCGCGACCUGCUGCGGAUACGACUGCCCCGGCUGGCUGCCCACAUGGACCAUCUGCAGAAGAUCUCUGACGGUGGCGGCAUAGAACCUCCCCUGCCAGAUGUGUUCACAAUGCAGUGGUUCCUCACGUUGUACGCGACGUGGCUCCCCCGCGAGUCCCUGCUCAGGAUAUGGGACCUUAUCCUUCUGGACGGCAACGAGAUUCUGCUGCUCACGGCUCUAGCUAUUUGGGAUAUGCUACAAGAUCGCAUAGUUGCCGCCCGUUCAGCGGACGAGUUCUACAGCUGCAUGGGCGGUGGCGCGGGCGCGGUGUGGGCGGCGGGAGACGCGCUGGUUGCUCGUGUGGUUGCGUUCGGUGCCGCACCCGAAUUGCCAAGAUUACGUAACCUCCAUCGGUAUCGUGUAACACCCCCCGCACCCCCUGCUACGCGACCACCCGUACACUCGGCGAUGCAAACCAUGACCAAAAAGGGCCUACGUCUAUUUUAUUCAGAAGAUGAAGGAGAUUCAAGCGAUGAUGGCAACAAAAUGGCACUAGCAACUGUAAUACCAAGACGUGACGAUAGAGCUGGUGCGGGCGAUAGGCUAUCAUUGGACAUAGGCGCGUUGAAGCGACAGUAUGCGCGGUUACGAGAGAGACAACGGCAAGCACAUGUCAUUUUGGCAGCCGCAUGUGCUAGACAUGCAGCAGUCGGUGUUCCAACGUCUCCAACAUCUUUAACAGUCAAUAACCUAUUGCUCGGUAAAAGUGCAAUCGUCAGUUCGAGAGGGCGGAGACUGGGUCCGCCUCCUGGUGCUAUUCCACCAUCGAGACAAACAGUAAACAAUGACAAGACUGAAAAUAAAAGUAAACCAUCGACCGAAACAUUAUCUUGGGAAGAAGAAAAAUCACGCAAAAGUCAAAGCAGAAGAAACUCGGUUCAGUGGAAGGAUGUAAAAAAGCAAAAAAAAAUAGAAGUAGCUAGGAAAGCUUCGAUCGAUUUAGAUGAAAUUGGAGAUGGCGAAAUUGUUUCAGAAUUUGAAGCUAACGAGAUAAUAGCCUCAGUAAGGUCUAGGAGUGAUAGUCAAAGUUCCACUUAUUCCUCUCAUUCAGAAUCCAGUACUGAUACCAGCCUUUGUGACGAAAAUGAAAAAGAAAGUGAUUCGGAAUUAGAGCUUCCUAACGAUGACAAGCAAAAUAAAACUUCCACUGUGGUAAAAAUAGAUAAGACUGUUGCUCUGACUUUACAAAAAGAUAUGGAUUCAAAAGUGUCUACAGUAAAAAGUGAGACAAAAAAACAUCAUAACGAAUUAAAAAUAGGAACUGAAAAAGGGCAGCAUAAAGUCACAACACCCGUACAAAGAGUAAUUUCUCCUUCAAUCAAAGAUGUUAAAUCUAAAGAUCUAACAAUUCCGAAAGCUGCGAAAGACUUAAAUUUUGAAGAAAAUAUUAGAUUAGAUAAUGAAUAUACGAAUAUUAACAAAAUUUCUGAAUAUUUAGAUUCGGCAGCCGGUAAACCACUGAAAACAUACAUUGAUGGCUUUGAAACGAAAUUAAAUAAACAAACAAUAAACAGGGAUGCAAUAGAACUUGCUGUUGAAAAGGCAUUAGAAUCGCAUCGGAUACCGCCUUCAAGCUUAAGUUUGCCUAAAACAAAUUACCGCAAUUUACAUUUAGACACCGAAAACAUUUCUGAGAUUGAGAGACCAAAAAGUAUCACUAAAGCUAAAGAUUUCUUUGAACUUAGCCCUGUGUCACCUAGUGAUUCCGAGCAGGCUUAUGGUCUUCGAUUCACGUAUGACAGAGAGUCAUAUCGAUCUCCGAGGAAGCACACUAGUUUCUCCUUAUCAAGACCUCCGGAUAUUAUAGAUAGCUUUGCAAUGUAUCCAAACUUUGUACCUGAUAUUGAUUUAUCUGACAAAUGUGACAGCCCUCAAAGAAGCCCUGGAUCUGAAAGUGUUCUGAUUAGUGAGGAUGAGCCACCUAUUCUUUUGAAAAUAGAUAAAUAUUUUGAACACAGUCCAGACUUUUUUGGUGCUAGAAUUACCGACCCCAAUAAUGCUGAUAUACCCAGCCGACGUCCACCUAAACGAAAUUCUAGGGUGCCAAAGAAACCGGACUCUUUAACUCUGUAUAAUAAUGGUAAGUCUAUCAAAAAUGAUGACGUAGAAAGAGCCUCUUCACUUCCUCAAAGCCAUACGUUUAGCACAAAACCUAAACCAAAUCUUGAUAUAAAAGAAAAUGAAAAAAAUAUUUUGUCCCCUAAAACAGACAAAAAAGAAAAAUUAAAAACACCUGAGAUAGUUGAGACUCCUAAGAAAGAUAUUGUUUCAGAACUUGCUUCAAAAGACUUUAAUAUUCUUAGAUUAGGCAGAAAGAAUAGUGAAAGAGCUUUACAGAUUAUACAAGAGAACUCACAAAUACUAAGUAGAAUACUUACUAAACAAAAUAUAUCAAAUUCAAAAAAUAAUUCAUCUAAUGAUGAGAAGAGUAAUGAAACAUCAAAAAUUAAAUUGGAUUCGAAACCUCUCGACUCUCCACUACUAAAAGAGUCUACUUCAGAUUCUUUGAUUGGUGAUUUAAAAAGAAGCAAUACAGAAGAAACAUUUGAUAAAACAGAUUUUUCAAGAGUGAGACCAAUUUCAAUUGAUGAUCCAUUUUCUUUUGAAGUACGUGACGCAUUAAAUGUUGAAAGAGAGUUCCUAGCCAAGCCUCCAAAAACACCUAGUAGUGAAUGUCUAGCAAAUAAGACUGAUUAUUACGGUUGGGAAAAUAAAGGAUUUUAUGCAAAAUCUGACUAUAAAAAAGAUUCCCGGCGAUCCAGCAUUAAUGAAGACAAUGAAGACAAGAAAAUUAAGCGAAGAUCAAUCAUAGAUGCGGACCUAAAUCUAAGUAAAAAUCUCAUUACCGACAAUAAUUUAAAAACAUACUCACUAUCGAGUGAAUCCAAAAUAUCUGUCACAAUGCCUUCAACUGAAAUUAAAGACACUUCUUUUGAGCGAAGACUUACUUCUGAUGACUAUAAUUAUCCGUUUUCUACUCCAAGCAAGUACAAUGAUUACGUUUUAUCCAAAGUAAGCGAUAUUUGUAAUAAAGCAGCAAGUAAAGAACAAAAGGGAACUGAUAACUUACAGAAAUCUGACGUCAGUGACUUAAGCGAUUUCAGCCAGCGAGUAACAUCUUCAAUUAGUUUUACUUACGAACCAUCUUUAGAAGAUGAUUCGCCAAUUGGUGCAAAAAGUAAUUCAAGUGAUACGUUGUGUCAAAUUACAUCACUGGACCAAGUCUCUACACCCAUAUCACCGAAAAUAUUUCCUGCUAGAGAGACACCAGUAUUUUCUAAGGAUGCAGUAGAGAAAAGUGAUAAAACUAAAACCGAUGGUGACGAUACCGGCAGUGCAAUUACUUCUCUUUUAGAAACAGAUACAUUAUCAUCUCUUUCUUUGCCAAGAAGUCCUUCUACGAGUUCGUAUCAUCCUUUUCCAUCGCGACCAGUGUUACGUUUGCCAAAAGAUAUCGGAGUUAAAUUAGGAAUGUAUCCAAAAGAUCCAAUGAAGUCCCCGCAAAAACAAUAAAAUCUUACUCAUUAUGACGUAACGGCUUAAUGCCUAAUAGAAGUACUUACAUACUAAAGUUUUCUAACAUUUGUAUAUAUCUACAAUGUUGCGCCAAUGGUUUUAUUUGCCCAUUAUAGAAUUAAAAUAUGGUUUGUUAUUUAACUAUCCGUAUUCUGAACUUCAAUUCUAAAAAUAUAUGUUGACCAAAGUUAACUUGAUGACUAC